GGGUACCUCUCUAAUUUCUUUUCCUUCUACUCAGCUGACUGCGUUGAUCUGGAUCUGGGAAUGGAACAUAAGAGAAUUUCAGAUGGUAACAUAACCGCUUCUUCAGUUCAAAAUGCCAAUACACCAACCAAGAAUGGUCGACUGAACUACACAUCAGGAUCAUCAUGGUGUGCGGGACCAAGUGACACUAACCCGUAUCUACAGAUUGGUCUACAGACACUCUAUAUCAUCUGUGCUGUUUCCACCCAAGGGAAUUCUCAAGCAGAUCAUUGGGUGAAAAACUACACACUUCAAUUUUCCAAUGAUGGAACAACUUGGAUGGUCUACAGAGAAAAUGGACAAAUUAAGGUACCGUGUCAAAGACCAUGUCACUUGGCUUUUAUUGAUAUUUAGUUGCAGUUGUCUGCAAAAUAAAUGAAAUUUUGACUGCCUCUUUGUUUUGACACAUCCUCCAGAGUGAUGAUACAUUCCUCAUGAGAUCUGGUUGGGAACAUCAAUCUGUGAAGAACUUUGAUUUUUCACAAAACGAUUAAUGGAGAACAUUGUUAAAGCUGUUUUUAUUGUCACUCUGUAGACAAACUCCAUCCCCAUGAUACUCAAGAUGUCUGAUAGAAAAUGAGGAUAGAUGUCAAAACUGAAUGCCAUUAGACUUGCUAAAAACCUUAUUUAAACAAGGUUUUAUUGUUUAAAGGAGAGAGUAGGAGUACAAAGAUGAGGGGAAAAAAAAACAAGAUGCUUCAACUAUUAGAAGAUUGUUAUCAUUUUUAUUUAUAUAUUUUUCUGGAAAUAGAUGUACAUCUUUAAAAUUUUUAGCUGUCGGUUUUGAUUUCAGACCUUUCAGGGUAAUAGUGACAGAGUCUCAGAGGUGAAGCAUGUUCUUUAUGAAAGUGUUGAAGCACACUACCUGCGAAUCUUGCCAGGUGCAUACCAUGGUGCUGUGUGUAUGAGAAUAGAAGUGUUCGGUGUUAAGCGAAAACCAGGUCAUUAUUUCAUUAAUUACCUUUUACUACAUAAUAGCCAAAUUCAUGAAAAAGUUUCUUAUCAAGGCGCAUAAACUACUUCACAUACAAAAUUAUGCUAAGGAUAAAACCUCUCUUGAAAAUGAGAUUUAUCUGCUUUAGAAGAAGAAGUGCUUUUCAUGGCAAAGUCUUAGAAUUCUACAUCAUUUUCAAUUCAGACAUUUUAUAAAUGGCCUUGGUAAGUGAUGGGUGAGUUGAACUUAAGUAUGGUGGAGCUAGUAAGGGUCAAACAAUGAAAAUGCAAACCAUAACUUGAAAACAUGUUGUAGUUAAAUGCUUUUUUAGUACUGUCAUCCUUUUGAUUUGCCCUAAAAUACUAAAGCUCUACACAAACGGUAAGUACAUUCAUAAAUAUUGACAGAUGUGGAAUUCAUGCAUGCUUACUUUUUAGAUCAAUGGAAAUCCUAUACAUUUGGUAUCUGGAACAAAGAGUUCACACCAUUUUUUAACAGGAGAUCAUUGCAUUGUAUUUGUCUACACUUACUUGAGAGUUAAUUAACUCUGACAUUAGUUUAUCUCAGCAGGCUGAUAGAGAUGUUUGUAGAAUGCAAAACUAAAACCUUUGUUGAUAUCUAUUUCAUUUCUGUCUUUACACAGUGAAUGUUGCCCUUGGGAAGGCCACCCUUCAGUCUUCAACAUUUAAUAAUACUGAUUUGGGUGUGUCAGGUGUGUCAGGUGUGGCAGGUAAAGCAGUGGAUGGUAAUUCUGACACUGAAUUCAGAAAUGGAAGCUGUACACAUACUCUGUCAAGCAAUCUAAGCUGGUGGAGAGUUGACCUGGGUUCAGAUAAAGUUCCAGUCUCUGACAUAUUCAUAGUCAACAGAUUUUCAACAAAUUCUGAUGUGAUGGCCAGAAGCAAAAAUUAUAACAUUACUUUGGGUGAGCAGUCACUAUAAUUUUCAUGUAAUAAAUAUGAGAUAAGUUUAAGACAAAUGGGUACAUUAAAAGUAUUAAAAGCAAAGGGAUUUCCAGUGUGCGAGGUUGGAAAACCAUAGUUUUCUGCUCAAUCUCAACCCAUUUAUGUACAAGUUUUACCAUGCAAAAGUGUGUAAAAUAUUACGUGAAUAUAAAGAAAAAUGUUGUAGAGGGAGUUAUAUGUUGCUUUUUCAGUUUGAUGUUUCUGUUGCUGCUGAAUAGAGAUAUUUGAACCCCUCAAUAUACUUUGUGUAUUUUAAAAAUCAUUAUAACUAGUUGCUUCAAACAACAAUGAUGGAUAUAUAUUCUAUUUAUUGUCAGUGGUUCAAUUAAACACUAACAUUUACAUGUACAUGCACGCAAAAUCUUAUUUUCCUUUGAAAUUGUGUCCUACCAAAACUCACUUUAGAGGGGAAAAAACAAGUUUAUAUCAUUAAUGAAAUACAUUUAUACAGUAGUUUGUCACAUAUUUGGCAUGUACAUAGCAUUGAAGUGAACUAUCUUUUUUUUUUUUAUAACAUCAGGUAACAACCCAAUAGUAGUAAACAACACUCAGUGUAGAGGACUCUACAGUUUUGUUAACUUCAAAGCAUCAGCUGUUUGUUUUACCAACCCACUGAUUACUGGCAGAUAUGUAGGGAUAUCAAAAGUAAGGGGACAAGCUCUUCAACUCUGUGAGGUGGAAAUCUAUUUGCGAGGUACAUGUCAUUAAACACAGAGAUUGGUAUUGACUAAAGAUCUAUGUAGCAAAACUUUGAAAGUUUUUGUUAAGUUGAGGUGACACUGUUAGUUCCAAAAUAUUUUCUGACCACACUUUUAAUGUGACAAUAGGCUGAUUAACAUAAUUGCAUGUGUCAUUUCAGAUAAUCUUGCAUUUGGAAAACAAACAAAUCAAAGUAGUGUAGAGUUUGGUGGUGUAAGUAGCAGGGCAGUUGAUGGUAUCAGUAACACAGACUAUUACGCUAACAGCUGUACCCACACUAACAAAGAACUCAACCCUUGGUGGAGAGUUGACUUGGGACAAGUUGAACCAGUCUCAGAAAUAUACCUAGUCAACCAAGAAAACCAGUGGUUUUACAGGCAGAAUAACUUUGAGAUCAGAGUGGGUAGGUUAGAUCAUUUUUGAAAUUUUAACACAAUACCAUAGUGUCAAAAUGUUUCAAGCAAUCACGUCUCAUAAUACUUGUAGUGUCAAAUUAUCUCCACACUUCGACAGGUGGGUCUAAUUCAAGUUUAUCUAUGCCUAUAUGUAAGGAAACAUUAAGCAGAAAUUUUUGUCAAGUACAUCAUGACAAUGAAUUAACAAUUUCCUUCUGCUUUACUUGUCGAAGAUAUGAGGGAAUAAUAGGGGCUGGACCCCGGAUCUGAAGGUCCAGUUUGUAGCCUUGGUUUUGCGCUGUGUUCCAGGAUUGGAGACUUUUUUCUCAUUAUUCCCCUUUAAAGUUAGGAAUGCAGAAUUUAAAUGGAUGCUUAACAAUAAACACCUGCUACAAUGGAUUAGCUACUCUUCUGUUAUGGUUUCAUAGUGUAAACCAGGCCCAGUUGUUGGGCAGAUAAUGCUAUUCAACAGUUAAAUCGCUAUCCAGUGGAUAAGAGUUAGCAAAUGUGUCACACUAUCCACUGGGUAGAUCAGAUUUAUCCAGUGGAUAGAAUUGUCCUACACUCCAGCAUCUUUUGAUCUCCUGUAGUGUCAGCCCUUUUGGCUUCAUGUAACACUCUCACACCAUUGUGUAAUGAUAGUAGUUGGGUAAACAAGUUCUUGAUUACUUUUCCUGCCAUAGCCUAAAUUGUUCCUCGAUUCUUUAUAGGCACAGUAUCUAAUAAUGGAGGAAUUACCAAUCCCAGGUGUGGUGAUAAUCAGAGUUAUAGUCUUCCAAGAGGAAAAGGUGUAUCCUUUUUCUGUCGUCCUGUAUUAUUUGGAAGAUAUGUGACGAUAAAAAGCUUAAGAACUGACUUUGAAUCCUUCUCACUUUGUGAAGUUGAAGUUUAUUCUGAAAGGAGAGGUAAUACAUCAUAUCAAAUACCUAUAUAUGUUUGAAAACCUCAUAUGGAUUUAAGUUUUAAGUUAUUGCACAGAGAAGUUGUACUAAUGUACACUAUUUCUGCAUACAUGCAUGCAUGAUCAUUUUCUGAGCAUAACUGAUGUGCCUUGUUGGUAUGGUUGAACCUGUUUAUUUAUUUUUCUGCUUGGUAAACUUAAACUUCCUGUAGGCUCAAUCUUACUGCCAUUUUCCUCAAUUUUUUCUUUCCAUGCAUUUACUAUCAGUAUAGUAUUGAGAAUAGACCCACUACUUCAAAUAAUUCUUGAUUCCUUUUAGAGUUAGUUAGAGAGAUUUCUGUUGUAGUUUCAAAUGCAAUUUGAAACUUGUAUGCCAGCAGAAGUUCUCGUUAUACUUGACCUCACAAUAAAACCAUUCUUAGCCUUUACUCUAGGAUAUUUAAGUGACAGUUCUCUCUGCCUUGCUUCAACUGUGCCUGAGGUUACAAUUGGAUCAAAUUUUUUUCCAAACCUAUUAUUAUGCUAAGUGGAAAACACCGGUACAACGUUGAACAUAGGUUAUUGUCAUAUAUAUAGUGAAAGUCUGGUGCUAGAAACCAAAAAAAAAUUUAAAUCAAUACACCUGACUACAUAAAUGAAAACCACGGGAUUAUUAGACAGCUCUGAUAUGAUAUUAUUUUAAGUGAAUCUUACAUAAAUGCAAAUUAGUUUUGUAGCGGCACGUUUGCUGUCUUAAAUACUAGUGUGUUGUAUACGUCUGCUUAUUAAUUUAAAUCAAUUCAACAUUUUAUUAUGAUUGAUUACAGCUUGCCAAAUGCAGGCCAUAGGUGUGGCUAGCACUAACACACUUCCCGAUGCCACCUUCUCAGCAUCAACUGAAAGUACAAAUUUUGAAGCUUCUAGAGGUCGACUGAAUGCAUUAAAGGGAUGGUCACCCAGCAGCAAUCACAGACCUUAUGAUCAUCUGCAAAUUGAUCUGCAGUAUGAGUUUCUUAUUUGUGCUGUAGCUACUCAAGGGAGGUCAACUUUUGAUGACUGGACAACUGAGUACAAGUUACAGCUAUCCUUUGAUGGUUCCACUUUUGUGACUUACAAGGAAAACAAUGUUGACAAGGUUGGUUAAAAAAGGCACAGCUGAGAUUAAAUACAGAACUGUAAAAGAUAUUCUUAGAGUUGUACCAAAGGGAGAUUUUAAGAGCUACAUAUAUGUGAGGGUCUAAGUAUCAAACUCUGAACUUUGGAGAAAGUUUGUGGAAUGGUUGUUGUGUUCUUAGACUUAAAUGGAAGGUCACAACCUUAAUAUGCAUUUCUCCGCAUCAUAUACUGAGAUUUAAAUAGUAAUGAACAUCUCUCGUGGGUGGACAUACAUGCAUGUCUCUAAAAGCAAGGAACUUACAUGUAUAUAAUGGGGCUGUACAAGCAUCCUGAGGAAGUUCAAUGUGUAUGCAGAAUACCAAGUUGCCUGUCAUAUAUGCAUAAUGUAAAUUGAAUUAACUGACCUUAUGAAGCAGGAAAAAGAGAAAAGGGCCUCUAAAGUAGUCUAGAGCAUGUAAUAAUAACAUUGUUCCAGAGUCUGCUAUGGCCAACAACAAUAAAAUUGAUAUUCAGUUAAAUAAUGAGCUCAUACUUUGAAUUAAUUGUUUUAGACUUUCAGUGGCAAUUCUGGAAGACAUGACAUUGUCAAACACAAUCUCAGAGAUGUGAGGGCAAGGUUCAUUCGUUUCCAGCCUGUCAAGUUUUUUAGAAACAAAGCUUUGAGAGUAGAGGUGUAUGGAGUUCUUAUAUCUAGAGGUAUAUUAUGUUUAAUUUAAUAUCAUCAAAUUUUCACAUUCAGUAAUUAUAAGGCUGGUAUAUUGGUUAAUUUAGUACAUAGCCUCUUUGGUCAUUGGAUGUAGUUUAUUUUUGUGAAUACUACCUGUAGGUGACCAUCAUGUACAGGUGUAUAUGUAGGCAGAAUUAAUAAGUGCCAUUUUCCACAAAAAAGGCCUUAACCUACAGCUGUAUGACUCCCAGUCAUGGAGCUGGAUAUGUACCUAUGUUAUGUUGGUGGUAGUCUGCAUGUCUAAAGGAGUCUACAGAUAGGAAGUUGAUUUGUUUAAAUCCGUUUCGGGAUGCAUUCUUCUCCCAUUUACAUAGUUGAUUACAUAUAUUUGUUCCCAACAAUUCCUAAGACUCCCCACAAAUUAAUACUUUUAAAACUGUGCAAGACUUUUCACUAACUAGAAGAGUAAGGCUUGGUUGAAUUUGAUCUCUUAAAUAGCAGAUGAAUUGAUUUUUAUAAGCAAAAAAAGAAGAAUAUUGGUAGCAAUAUUGUUGUUAUUAUUAUUAUUUUUAUUAUUAAUAUUGUUAUGAUCAUUAAUACUAUUAUUGCCAUUAUUCAAUUAUCAUUCUGUCUAAAUUUCAGUCCCUUCACAAGCACCCAGUGAAUUGACUUUAUCUGCAACCUCUUCUGCAAGUAUUGCUGCAUCCUGGCGGUUACCUCCUGCAUAUUCCAGACAUGGAAUCAUUGUAGGGUUUAAAUUGUUCUAUAAAAAGAAAGGGCUCAGGUCAAUUCGUGUGGAAACAAUCAAUGGUGGAACAACCUUUUCUGUGGAAAUUAAUGGUCUGGAUAAGUACAUGGAAUAUGAAUUUCAAGUGUUGGCUUUUACAUCUCAUGGUGAUGGACCAAAGAGUUCUGUUGUGGUGGAGAGAACAUUGAAAGAUGGUAAGAAAUUUGAUUAUUUGUGGCAGUGGCACUUCCACUCCUACUGGUUUUCAAGAGCCUAUCAUAUUGUAAAAGUUGGGUUGACAUGAAUGAAAGUGCAGUAAUAUGUUUGACUGUGUAUAUAUGUUGAAAUCCUAACAAAAUAUUUAUUAAAAAGUGUAAUCCCUAGAAUCUGAUCAUUAAGUUUCCUUGUAACUUAGUCAAGAAAAUCUGUUUUCUUUUUCCACUACUUAGGUCUUUUUAGGUCUUUAGUCUUAAAACUGUUAAGCAAAAUGCUUUUUAUCUAUCUUAUUUUGAAUCAAUAUCAGCAUCCAAGCAACUGCAUACCUAACCCAAAAUUAACUCUACUUACUCUCAGUUGACUGUUCUUGAGUAAGGGAAGGGGUAGUUAUGCAGUUGCUUAGAUGUUGGCAUUAAUAUAUUAUUUCUGUGAGUUUAUGGAUUAUGCACACUAUGGCAAAUGAAGAUGUAAAAUGUAAAACAUACUCUAAUACAUAAUAAACCAAACUAAGUGCAAUUUUAAUUUCUACAUUUACAACACUAUUAAUUUCCGAAUUUUCUUCUAAUUACAACUUUUUCUUUAGCACCUGGUCCUCCGGCUUACCUCAAUCAUACUCUUAAAACGCCGACUGAGUCACAUGGACCAAUGAUAACUUUAUCCUGGACAACCCCUUCACAACCGAAUGGAGUUAUCAGGAAUUACACUGUGUUUUACCACCACAGUGAAGAUCCACUUAAUACUCACAAUGAGACCUUUGGACCAGAUGUCUUUAAUUACACAGUUUAUGUGUUGGGUGGAGUCACCUAUUGGUUUGACGUCAGAGCUGAGAUAAUAAAGCCUGGAGAAAAGGCCUCUUUAAUCGUUAAUAUCUCAGAAUAUCGUAAGUGCAAUGUAGUCAGUCUUACGUAUCUCAUCGAUGUUAACGAGAAGCAAGAUCUUCAUUACCGGUACAUUUAGAUCAGUCGCGUAAAGUGAAGUAAAAAAAUGAAUUCAAUUUUAGUUAAACCACAAAACAUAAGUUUGGUGGGAUAAAAAAAAUUAUUGGAAUAAACUUAGAUGCACGAGGGUGAUUAUGGACGAAGGAAAUUGACAUGAGUUUGAAAUGACAUGCUAAGACCAUAAAAACUUCUUAGGGUAUGAUGUUUAAAUUUUGACUGAAUUGUUAUCCCCUAGAGCCUAAUAGUGGCCCAGCUAAGGUUUUUUCUUCCUAUGUGAACAAGACCACCUUAAACAUUUCAUGGGCACCUCUACCAAGAGAGCAGAGUAAUGGCGGCAUCAUUCUGUACAACGUCAAAGAAGAAUUGUUGUCUCGGGGAACACGACAGAAAAGAUCACCUCUGAGCGGCAAAACAGUCAAUACAACAGACACAUUCAUUUUACUGAGUGGAUUAUUGCUUUGUUCGCAAUAUCAAGUGUCUGUUCGAGCAUAUACCAAAGUAGGUCCUGGCCCAUAUGGUUCACCUUUAAAACUGCCGAGAACAUCAGGUAUGUAGUACGGCAUACAGCAGUUGGAGUGAAUUUAGUAAACCCAAAGCCAAUAAUUACAUUGGCCCUUCAAAACAAAGGAUGAUAUCCCAUAAAGUAAAUAAGAACAGUUCAUAAAUAGUAGAGAAAAAAAAGGAAUGAAAUAAGUCAACUUCUCUAGAAGGAAAUUUAUGUUUACGCUAAGUAUUAGAAAUAUUGUUGCUUUUUUCAAAGGCCCGGGAACACCUUGGGGGUUAAAUGCAUCAAAUGUUGGAGCAACCCAAGUAACACUGGAAUGGAAAGAACCAGAGCUUAUGACAAAAGAAGGCUUCAGCUACAGAGUGAGUUUCACGAAAGCAAUAAGAGGAUGUGAAACCUAACGUCACUUUUUAAAUUCUUUUAUGUCAGCCAUUAUGCUAGGAGUUUCUUGAGUAAUACUCUGCUGGAAUUUUUUAGGAUAAGCAGAAACGUACGUAAAGUUUUUCUCUCGUAUUUACAGCAAAUGUAGUUGGAAAAGAUAGAUCAGAUAGCUGUUCUUUUUUUCUUUCGUUGGCAGUCUUUGUUUUUUGAUUUUUUUUUUUUUCAUGGCGUAUUUCCAGAAUGCAAAACUAUAGUUAGUUUUCUCCUUUUGAACAGGAGAUAUUGUUGAAAAGCUAUGCGAAGAUUCACAUUAAACUGUCUUUCUUUCUUAAGGUGAAGUAUUUCGGUACAAAGCCUUACAAUGGAAGCUUUAGAGAGGAAGGUGUUCAGGACGUUGGCAGUUCCACCCAUUACACUAUCAAAGGUUUAGUUCCAGGUUCUAUUUACGAGUUUCAGAUUUUCGUGAGCUCUGUUUGUGGACUCGGAGAACCCAGAAGAUUUCCUGAUAGGAUCGAAACCAAGAUGACAGGUGAAAUUUUAUUUAUAUGAGCAGUUUUUUAUUAAUAUAAAAGACAGAGUUUUAGACUGAUUUAUUGUUGAGACUACUAAAAUAGUAUGAACUCAUUUAACAAUCCUGUCUCUCCAAAAAUAUACGGCUGGUGAAUAUUAACACCUUUUUUUUGAAGAAGUAAUGAGUUAGCCUGCAUGUUGCUCGUAAUUAACGAUGAAUUACGCCGGCCUAAUUUUUUGUUAUUGGCUAAUUUUACUGGCAAAAUUUUUAACGACUCAAUUGUUGACUCUUUUCUUUUUCGCUCUCCAGUUUUGAGUACAUUUUCAUAUAAAUAACACACAAACAUUUUUCGGAAGAAAACACCUCUUCAAUCCUGUUACAAAUAUCUGGCUUCUCUUUUUCAUUUUAGCCCCUAUCUCUCCAGCUGUACUUUCGGUGACGAAUAAACGUAUUUCGACAUCAACUGUUGUGAUUCAGUUGUGGCCCGCAGAGCAAAGAAAUGGUCCAAUAAGGUGAAUUACUCAUUAUGUGGGGGACUUACAAACCAUGAUCCUGACUAAAAUAACUGUGCUCCUAUGGCUUUACACUUGUCGCCAUCAUUGAAGGGACACCUGGAUUUUCAAGUUUUGUAGUUCCCAUCCAUGUAGGCCUCUCCUUUAAUCAUCGUUAUUCUUACUUCUUUGUUAUUUUGUUGCCCCUUUAGGCUAUCUUUCCAAAAAAUUUAAUAGAAGGGACAUCUUUUUUACUCAAAUUUCGUUACCUGCAGCUCCUCUAAUUGAAGUUUUCUCUGUAAAUGUUAUUUUUAAGGUUCGAGUACUUACGUUAAGUGCAAUGAACAUUAUAAACAGUCAAAUUUCCUCUUUUUCAGUUCCUAUCAAGUUCUAGUUCUAAAUGUUGUUGACGGAGUGGAAGAUCUUCCGAUUGAUUUUGCUUCAAAAAUGAAAGAUUCAAAUAGUGUCGAGACAGGGAACCUGAAUUUUUAUGUUGCUGCUGAAAUAGAAAAUUUUCCGGGGAACGAAAUGUCUUGGGAAUUCAGUGUUGGCGAUGGAAAAACGUAUGGAGCAUACAGAAACAAAGAACUCCAAAUCGGAGAGGACUACGUUGUGUACCAAAGAGCGAUGACUUAUGACAAUGAUGUAAGUAAUUUCUGACAAGUUACAAUCUGCCUGAAGCUUUCACCCAAAUGGCAUUGUACUCCUAUCACACCUGUAAUACUCUUCGACUGGUUGACUUCUAGGAACCGCAUAGGAAAAAGAAUUGAAAAAGACCCAAAAAUGCAGGUUUUCCAUGGGGAACCUUAGCUCUCCCUAGCUAGGAAAGGGAUGACUAGUGAUAGGAUUUUGAAAGCCUCCCGUGUCGCAAUAGGGUGAGAUCGAAAGAUCUGUGAUGGUACACAGUGUGAAAAAUUACCAAUUUUAUGAAUUUGUCGCUAAGAACAAAGCUUUAGCUUUCCGAAAGAGUCACAUUAUAUUUUCCAACUAUCGGAACUUCCAGAAAAAUUAAAAAUGUUAUUAUCAUAUAAUUACUAAAAGACAAAUUUAGACUGUUAUUCUAAGUUUGUCUUUUAGUAAUUAUAUGAUAGUGACAUUUUCAGUUUUUCUGGAAGUUCCGAUAGUUGGCAAAUAUAAUCUGACUCUUUGUAACUUUACCUAUUUCUUUCAUAGAUAAUUUUAGAUGGACCAGUCAGCAAGGUGGCAAAAAUUUCUGUCGUGGAAGGCAAGAUGAAUACUUAUUAAUGAUUUUGAGUCGAAAUUUUAAUGAUGUACUCGCAAAAGGAUUUUAUAGUUUCACUUUAAACCUAAUAUUUCUAACAACACAGGUACUCAGUUUAUUAAUGACUUAGCCUACGAGUAGCCGUACCUUCCCCCCCCCCCCCAGGUGAAACGGAAGCGAGGGACCUCGCCUCCGUUUCACCAUGGCGAGGGGAGGAUACGGUUACACGUAGGCUGGAUAAUGACUCUGAAUUCAUAGCUAAAUAUUGACUAACAUUGGAUGGGUGUUCUCCUUUUUUUGAUGCACAUGCUGUAGGAGAAGGAAAAAGAGAAGGCUCUAAAUCUGUUAGUAUUGUGCAGAUUGUUGUUCCUGUGGUUCUGGUCAUAGUCUUGGUACCAUUGCUUCUUGUCGCAAUAUUGCUGUAUCGGAGGUAUGCUUGACUCGCAGUAAUGGUUUCUUAUAAUGGCUGAGAAAGCAGUAAUUUUCCUGAUAAUGUUUACAAGGGAUAGAAGCAAAUUAUUUCAUUUUCCUUAUUUUGUUAUGAAAUAUCCUAAAACAUAAAACUUUUUGUGUGUGCCAAGUGUAACUGUAUGAUUCUCACCACCGUUUCAGGAGGAGACGGGCAGAAAAAUCAGGCCAAGAGAUAGACAGCAAUAAAGUACAUGUUCCACUUGAUGAAUUUAGGAUGGAUUCAGUCGAGUCCAGUGGAAUUACAACUGACUUAGUUUAUCAAAACGUGUCUGAAAUUCCUUCAGAUAGAAAUGGUAAGCUAUUGCAUUGAAGUUAAAGUAUGAUUGAUGCAAAACCGAUAGUGUCCACACAUAUGAUUACAUUUCCAGCUCACUGUCACGAGAAGAGCUUUACAACAUAGAAAUGUUAGAAAGGACACAGGCGGCCCGAGCUUUUCUUAUGUAUAUAGAAAACCUCGAGAUAUAUAACUCGCUAAAAUGGGUUACCUUCAACAUAGUAAGCGGUCAGAUAACGAGAAACGCACUGUGGAAGUAAGGUGAGGUAUUUUUUUUGUGAGGAUUUGACUUAUUUUUUUAUUCCUUGGAGCGGUCGUGAAUAUUCCCGUACAAACUCUUAUAAUUUCGUCGUGACUGUUAUUUCGUAAGAUGAUCAUCUCUCAGCUGGAGCUUGGGCCGCCUAUGGAAAGGACGUCUUUGUUUUUCGUCUAUGCCAUUGUUGUAAAUGUCUGGAGUGCAGGACACAAAAGAAAGAUUAUGAGUGGUCCGUUUAAGUGCGAGCGUCAGACCUCUCGAAUUUUUGGUCAGACACCCUACCAAAUGAGCUCUAAAGACAUCCUUUGCGAGCAAGGCCAUAUACUAGGCCUACGUAAAGCUUAUGACCAGGAUCAGCAAUUUUGAAAGUGUCUUAUGGAGGCUCUAUAGGGUUUUUUGACCGCGCGAGAUCUGGAUGCGAACAUAGGAUCAACAUGCAAAACAAACAUAGCGGCUCGAUACGAUUGCACGAUUAUUAUCUGAAAAGGUGUGUUAAAAACGGUUGGACCCUAUACAGUUUUUAAUGUUGUAGAAUAUAGGGUUUCCAGCAAUUGCACCCGUAAUAUUCAUAGGCCUUCUACGCCUGAACAAGAGGUCAACCGAAAAGAAAACACCGCCGUGGGAAAGAUUGCCAGAUGCGACGGAUUCGAAAGUCUACGCAUGCUCAGAUACCGAUCUUGGCGAAGUUUUAUACCAUUACGUAAUGUUUUGCGACAAAGAAAACAGUGAUCUUUUGAGUAAAAUUUAUCGCGUUUCUUUUGGUGGAAUUUCCUAAGAUUUGUUAGAACGUUAAACAUAUUUGUGCCCUUCCUAGUGCCCGUUAAUAAAAAAAAAUUUUUAAGGCCAAAUUUGAAAUAGAGGGAAAAAGCACAAAAUUGCAAAUAGCUAAGAAACUGCUUCUGUAAUCCCUUACUUUUGUCGGCUUUAAAAUAAUCGACAGGACAAUUCUCACAAAUUGUGCAACCUUUGGAAAGAUUUCACCAAAGCAUUUUGAAGAAAAUCAAAGGCAAAGCCAAAUUAUCGCUGGCGAGCGCCUCCCUUCGUGGAGCCUUAGCUUAAUCUGGGUCCCUUGUGACGAUGGGGCUAUAAAGCUAAACUGAGGGAAUUCUUUUUUAAUUAAAACCAACCUCCUGUAAUUCUUCUUACAAAGCUUGUGGUAAAACCUCCCUCCCCGAAGAAAAAGAAUCGGUGUACAGUGAGGCUGAUGAUGGUAAGCCAAAACCAAUUCCCGUGGCGGAGUUUUCUGAAUACCUCAAGAACAAAUCAGCCAAUGGAGGCAUCGUGCUAAAAGAUGAAUUUGAGGUAAGGCAAUAGAAUUUAUGAUAGCUUUUUAAGCGGAUUUCCAUCAGCUAAUGCUGGUUGCAAUUAUCAUGUCGACGAGUUGUCUAAAGAAGGGUGGAAGAAAAGUGUAUAACAACUGUUUCCACGAGGGAUCUCUGGCUAAAAGCAAGUGCUAGCUUUUUGGUAAUAGAAACCUGUCAGAGAAAAACUUGUGGGAAACGAAAUUUGAAAAUUUACUUGAGAUCACACGGUCACUUUUCAGGGACUGAACAACAAGUCUGCUCCAGGAAGCUCUUUUUAAUCAGACCAAGUCUUCUGCAUUAUGUUAAAUCAAUCUAUGGUUAGCUAACUUUUUAACAGGCAAAGUUUUUCCUUGAUGAUAGCUCCACGCUUCAUUCGUUGGAAUUAUUAGUACCUUUGGUAAUCUUCAUACAGCUGGCCGCUAUGUAUGAUGCAUAAGUACUAUCUGCUUCGACAAGGUUUCUUGCUUUAGUGAAGAGAGUUUCCUUUCGCAAGUCUUUAAUGCUGUGUGACUGUUGUUGUUGUUGUUGUUGGUUUGACCGGUGUAAUUUAGUAUAUUUGCAGUUAUUGUUUUAUGAUCAUUAGCAUGAUUAACAUGAUCAGUGAUGUCUAGUAAGAUUGCCUAUCCCUUCAAAUCAAAAUAAAUUAAUGACCAGUCGGUAAGCGACUUGUGUUCUUAGCUGGCUUGGGGUCAUAGCUAAUUGACUUUUUAUACUUAUUUUAUUUUUUAACAGAAAUUAACCAGCACUUUUCCGUUCUCUUGGGACGUUGGCAAAAACAACAAAGUGAAAAACCGUUUUGGAAAUAUUACGACCUGUAGGUGAAUUAUAUUUAUUCUGCACUAUCCAUUUGUGUUGUACGCAAUGAAAGGUUUUUUAAAUACUCAUUCGCUUGGACGUAGAGCAUAGACAUCAAUUACAAAUCUGCAUUAAGAAAUCUCACUUUGGGGACACUUAAAGUUGGUGGAAUCCGCUGAGAUCGCAGGACGAAGUUUAACUGAAGGAUUAACUCUUGCAGACGAAGAGGAGGGCGAUCUGGGGUUACUAGGCCCUAAAAAAUACUGGUGGUCACUGCGUGAGAAUUAGUUUGAGUACGAGUGUUUAUUGAGGAGAGAGAUUCCACUGUGACAAAUUCGUCUCUGUAAAUACUUAAGACUGGCUCUUUUUCGUGACAGAUGAUCAUUCUCGCGUUGUUUUGGAGAAAAUAGAAGGUGAUCCAAAGUCUGACUACAUUAACGCUAGUUACAUUCCGGUAAGUACGACAACAAUACUCUGUAGUACGGUCCAUUUUAACUGUACAUCACUAUAUUUUGAAUUCUCUAUUGUGUUCCUAAAGAUAACUUAUUAUAGAGAAAUUUUCAAUUGACAAUAGAGGGUAACCUGGGAUUGCAGUGUCUGGCUUUACUUCACUCUGUGAUUGUCCUUGUAAACUCGUGCUACUCUCUCAAUCAAUUAGAUUUAACCCUUUAACUCCCGUGAGUGACCAAGACAGAAUUUCUCCUUACUAUAUCCAUACAAUAUCAUGCAGAAAAGUGACGGAAAUGAAGAAAAAAAUCAAUUAUGGGACUACUGAUUGAUCCGAUUUAAAAUUCUUCAAACUAACAUAAUAAGAAUCAUUUGGGAGACAGUAAGGAGAAUUAGUAAUGAGAUCUUGGGAGUUAAAGGGUUAAAACUAAAUUGAGCCAAUUGUAGACUCGGUCGUUUCACACGCUGUAGGUAGUUUGAAUGUAGUUUCUUUGAGUUCUCUUUGGCUCACUGACAUAUCUUCCUUUAUUCUGCAUGGCUGUGUGAUUACUAUGUUACUGGCUUCACAAUACUCAGUUGUAAUGCCCUCUUUUGGACUUCAUAAGGAUAGUUUGCUAUAGUAACCAAAAAACAAAUAAAGGAAUAUACUUCAAAAUUGAACUAGGAUUAAAAAAACACAUUACAAACGAAGAACGAAAGUAAGAAACUUAAAUAAAAGCAACCUUUCUCUCAGCUUGAUAAGCAAAGGAGCAGGAAAUAUAAACAGCCAAAUAAUCACUUGUGUCUCUAAAGCAAAUGAUCAGUUAUGAUUUAAAAAUAACUUUUAUUUCAUUCUUAGACUGUUGAUGAGGAAUCAAUGAACUACAUUGCAACGCAGGGUAAUUAUAAUAGAUGUUAGUCCCGAUAGAAAGCCAAGACAUUAUUCACAUUUUCCAACCCACAGUCGGUUGUACAUUUAAUUGUUUUCCUUGGACAAUUGUUAAAUAAAUACAGCUGGUAUAUCACUGUUGUAAAUCUGUGAUAGAUCUGUUGAGUGAAGUGUGCCUAGGUACAUGUGGUUUGUUUCUAUUAAGUCUCUCAAUACCUUGUUGAUAUUUUGUCAGGUCCAACCUCUACAACAAUCAGCGAUUUCUGGCGAAUGAUCUGGCAAAAAAACUGUUCUGUCAUCGUCAUGUUAACCAACUUGGUCGAGUUGGGAAAGGUAUUCCUACUGUGAAUCCUUCUAAUGUGAAAAGUACUUUUCUUUAUUAUAUUCUCUGGGUUCUUUACAGUGGGUUGAUAAACUUUUUCGUGCCCGGUUUUUAAAACAGAAAAGACUUAGAAAACGAUACAAAUUUUUUUAUUUUAAAAGACGAGUGAUACAUCUACAUUUUUUUUUUCGCUUUCUAAGAACAAGUGUGAUCAGUAUUGGCCGGACAGUACUACCACGUUUGGAUCCAUCACAGUAACACUACUUAGGACGCAAAGCUUCGCUGACUACUGCAUCCGAACCUUAAAAUUAGUCAAGGUAAGGAAAGAACACCUUAUUUGCAUGAUGUUUAUUCCUUAAAAUGGAAUCAAACGUGAUAUUUUUUUCUCAUAGAAUAUGUUGUUCAUCGGGGUUUUAUAGAUAUAUGAACGCUUAAUCGUUUGUCUCGCAUAUCAGCCUGACUCUUAAAAGCGUAAUAUUUGCUUGUAGGGCAAUUGAAAUGUUCAUAUUUUGUCCCAAGUGUAUUUUCAGAUGGGAAAUUAAUGAUAUUUUGAUUCGGAGGUUAAUUUUACAUUGAUGGGGGCACAUUGACAGCUUUUCUUACCUUACAAAAGCUGUUUAUUUAAACAUAUUGAUUACAAAGCCUAAACUUCUAGACUCUUUAUCUCCCAAGAUCUCAUUUGCAAUUCUCCUUACUGUCUGCCAUAUAGUUCUUAUAAUGUUAGUUUUAGAGAAUUUGUUAUUGGAUCAACUAAUAGUCCUCUAAUUAAUAUUUUUCUUUAUUCUCAUCAUUUGUCUGCUUGAUGUUGUAUUGAUAUUGUAAGAAGAAAUUCUGUCUUGGUCAAUCAUGGGAGUUACAGGGUUAACUCAAAGAAGUUACAGACACGAGAGCUAUCCCCCUCCUCUUUUCAACUGGAGGGUUUUUAUGGUGAUAUAACUCUAGAUUCUAAUUCACAGAGAAUUGCCUGUCGGCUGCUAGAAGAGUGAUUUACUGAUUAGAUCUUUGGAGUAAAAUGGUUGCAAUAGGCGAGAUUUUUAAGUGACAACGAUUCUGCACUCUCAGUUACAGAGGUUUUUUGUGAUACUCGAAAGGCUAUUACUUUUCGUGGAAUAUUAUCACCGCCUUUGCAAAGUUGAAGUUUACACACUGUCAGUCAAUUUUGUACUGACACUUUGAUCGUGAUUCGUCCUUUAAGCCUCAAAAGUAAAAUUAAAAUGAAGUUAUUAGUCUUAAUUUUCAUCGGCAUUAGGGCACGAAGACGCGUGAGAUUCAUCAAUAUCAUUUCACCUCGUGGCCAGACAGAGGUGUCCCACACCAUUCGACUGCGUUACUUGCAUUUAGAUGGAAGGUUCAUGUUCAAAAUCAGGCCACCGGCGGACCACUCGUUGUACACUGCAGGUACUCUUUAAAAAAAUUGUCAUUUGACAACAAGUGGGUGAGGUGGGAAAACAUGUUAAAACAGCCGCUACGAAUGAAAGUUUUCAGGACUGCUGUGGAGCAGUAUUUACCAAAGUUCUCGAAAACUCAAAGAUCGCAGCUCAGCUCCACUAGAGCGUGCACUAGUGAGGAGAACAGCUGAUCAAGGUCGCCCACUGGAUUCGCGGCCGUUAACAUUCAAAUACAAGUUAAAUAGUGUCUGAAGGUUUGGUACAACGAGGAAGGAGAUCAAUACGCAUUACAGAUGAUACGGUGAAUAAUUUUUAAGAUGCGAAAAUCUCCUUUUACCUCAGUGGGAUAAAAAUUGGGUACUACAAAUGUAGUUCUUAGACAGCAUUCACCGCAUGUGGACCGUAGAGGAACUCAAAAUUGCUGGUCGGCUGAAUUUCUUUUUUAUUUUAACGACAUGAUCAUUUUUCGAUUGUCAUCUCUUAUUUCUUUGCUCCAUGACAGUGCUGGUGUUGGUCGAACUGGUACGUACAUUGCUAUCGACGCCAUAUUGGAAGGUGCUAAGAAGAAGAAUACUGUGUUCAUACAGAAUUACGUGCAAGUGAUGCGAAAACAUCGCCCUUAUAUGGUGCAGAAUGAUGUAAGUGAAUUUGAUUCAUUUCUGCAGCGAAUGUUGUUGAUGAUUUUUCUGUAUUCACAUGAAAUUGAAAGGACGUUCGAUCGCGAAAUACGAAGGUGCGAGGUUCGAAUCUUUGUGGGUAACUCAGUUUUUUGUAUCUGGGUAAAUUUUUUUUCACAUUCUUCUCGGACACAGCUAUUGUUGCUCAUAAUGAUGUUAAUUUUCGAGUGAUCCCGCUCCAGAAGUGUGGAUUAGAUGCAGAUGUGAUUAAAUUUACUAUCUCCGCUGUCUUUUUAACGUUUGUAAACAAGCAAAGAGUAACGUAAUGAAAGUUUUAUUGCCUUAACUGAACGUUCUUUAAUUAUUUGCCGUUUUUGUUAGCUAUUCGUUCUGCAUCAUAAUAAUUAAUUGGAGGGAAAUGGGAAAAAUAACUAUUUAAAUGGAAGGUGACGACACUAUGUGUAAUCGCAUUAUUUGAUGAAAUGGACUAGCAAGAUACAGUGUUUGCUCUUUUUGUGAUUGUUUAGCCUCAUAUUUUUUGCAUUUAUGUAGACACAAUACGUGUUCAUACAUCAAGCUGUGAUGGAAGCUUUGACCUGUGGAACUACAGAGGUCACUUCUCAAAACUUGCGGAUUAGAAUGAACAAACUUGCCAGGGUCAUGUCAGAUGCCAAACAGACUGGUUAUGCAGAAGAAUUCAAGGUAUUAGUCUGCCUCACAUUAGCAAACGUCACUAGUUUCUAAACGGGCAAACUAAAGUGAAAAGUAUUUGUUAUUCCAGCGUUUGGAGCUCCUCAACGACUGCCAAAGCUCAGGAGAAGAAUUUUUUGAUGCGUUUAAGCCCUCGAACCUUAACAAGAACAGGUUUUCAAAUAUAGUACCAAGUAAGUACUGCCUUAAAUGCUAUUAAACUGUGUUUCUUUCCUGUUUGGCGAUAACGCAAAAAAAACAUUUUUCAAUACAAAUGAGUUUGAUGGCUAUUUACUAACUUACUGGGAACAAUAUCCACCAGUCAUUUGCAAAAUUGAAAGGGUAAUUAACAACAUCUUACCCCACAGACGGGAACUGAAGAUAUAGAAUGCUCUCUUGAAUGUUGAAAACAUUCUCUGGCUACUUUUUAUGCUGAUAUUUCGCACAGAUUUCAUCCAAAUUUCAUAUCAGUCAGGACAAAAUUAUACUGAUAUUUCGCCAACAUAUUAUUUUGUUUUUGAGACCCCGUUCAUCAUCAUCAUCAUCAUUAUUGUUUAUUUCAUUGUUAAAGUCGUUUUUUAAUUUCUUUAAAGUGGAUACUGCACGGGUCAUGCUGAGGAGUUCAGAGCCGGAUAAGGAUUACAUCAACGCCUCUUUCGUUGACGUAAGUACAUACGUGUUGGGAGCAUUGACCCUAUACCGCCCCAGAUCUAACUCUUAAUUCUCCUUUUUGUCUGGUCUAUAUUUCUUUGAAAUAAGUUAAGAAAAUUUAGCCUAUAUUUUACAAGUUAUUUGUUUGCAGUUCGAGUCAGUUGUCACUAUCCUUAACCAUACUCAUUCCAUUUCGGUGUUUAUUUGUCCUCCAAAAAUACAUUUUAUGACUGAUUAACUUGACGCUGAAAGCAAUUUUGGAUCCCACAAUAAACGACUCAUGGUGUCUUGACUUAGCGCCCUCAAGCUGACGUUUAAGUUAAUACCAUUUAUCUGUGGUCAGAACUUCAAGAAAACAAUGUUUAACCUAUACGCUUGAUACUAAGGAAGAUGGAUCAGUUGUCAGUAGGUACUGAGCAGUUACUAGCAAUAAUAGAUCAGAUCCUUCCUGCAGUUUUUUUAAGGCUUAAAGAUAAUGAGUGCAAUGGAAUUUCCUUUCGAUAGAAUUGUCUCUCUAUCGUAUUUAUUGCUCUGUGUUUUUUACAACAAGUUUCUCAAUGGUGACAUAUUUUACUACCUUCAUUAGGACUAUAGUCGACGUAAAGCAUACAUUUUGACUCAAGCCCCGUUAAACGAUACUGUUAACGACUUCUGGAGGAUGAUAUCACAGUAUGAUAUCGGCACAGUCGUGAUGUUAAACAGUUUAAAAGAGGAAAAAGAGGUAUACUUUACUUAUGUUAAAUGCGAAAUACCAAACGCAAAUUUUAACUUCUUGAUAUUUUUAAAGGAAGCUCUGGAAUCAUGCGCAGGGAAUUCUUUACCUACGAUCCCUCAGGUCUAGAGUGAGACAUGCUUGCGAUACUGCAAUUUAUUACUUAAAGUUCACUGAUUUUUCGCAUAUUAUCUGACAGAAAUAAAUUUUGAUGUUCUCAUGCUAAGGUAUAUAUUGAGUCUGGCAUUUUGCAUCUCCUGGUAGAGUUAUCCACAAUAUUGGCCAAGUGAAGGGUCUGCCAAGUAUGGAGACAUCACUUUACAGCUUCUGUCAAAAAAGAAUUCGAAGAACAUAACGACGAGGAAGUUCAGCGUUAUAAAUGUGAUGGUACGGUGUAAAUCGAACUAAGUGUUAUGAAUAACCAACAUGUUAGUUUGGGAGUAAUAUUAUAAGUAAGAGGGUCUUCGAAUGUCCUAACAAUUGACGAGGAGCAGAAGGGCUUACCAAGCCCAACUUAUGGAUUAAAUAUAUGUUAAUCGUCUCAAUGACGUUAUAAGUUGGAAUUAUACGAAAAUUAAGAAAGAGGUAGCUAGCAACAAGCUUUCCUUAAAAUAGUCAUUUGCAAUCUGGAUAAAAGCAGCUGGUCACGGAAAAAUGGUGUUUGAAAUGCAACCUCGUCCUCAGGGCCGAGGUUGUCGGUCUUUUUCAAAAUGGAGGCAGCCAUCUUUGAAACCGGCCGCCAUCUUAAAAAACUGACCGAGAAACUUCCGGUUGUUGUUGUUUUUUUUCCGAUGGGGAUCCCAUCCGUGAUGGCUCAUGAUCGUGAUGUUUAUAUUGUUUUUUAAUUCUAAUACGUUAGCCUCCCAAGAAGACCUCGACUGUACAGCAUAUACAGUACACCGGAUGGGCGAAUGGAGACUCGAACCCAGAUCCCCAAGAAAUACUCGAUCUGUUGACUGUAAUAGAGCAGUCUCAGCAACAAUCCGGUGAUAGUGUCAUUGUUUUUCAAUGCAGGUAAACUAAAUAUAUUUUUUUUUUAAUAAAAAAAAUCAUUUAAGUUUUCCCUCACAAUUUUUAGUUAUUGUUAAAAUAAAGUGAGAAUGCAAAGAUUAGCAAACAAAAAAAUUAUUUCUGGUUAAUACUGCGGAGUUCAUUGCUUUUGCUUUGCAUGGCGAAUUCUCUCAGUCAUUCAAAGAAAAAAUUUUAAAAAAAAAAGUAAAAGGCGCGACGAAUCGGAACUCGAUCGUUCUCUUUCUUUUGCCUUUUAGUUAGUUUGUAAAUAUUUACGUUACGUGGUCUUGGGCUUCUUGUGAUCUUAUACGUAUUCCAAUGGUUGGUUGUCGUGAGUUACUCUGCGGCUCAAACAGCAUGUCGGGUGCGAAAUCGAUACCUGCCUCUCAGCUCUACGACUCUUAGGUCUCUGCGUUUUGACCGUAAACUUUGUGUCUGAAAUAGGAUUUAUUUAAAAAAGUAAUCAGGGCGCAUCUAAGUUUCACUUUAGUAAAGAUUUUGUCUCUAGGUUAGCAGCCCAUACCUACCAGUGCUUAUCCCAGCUCUCACAAUAUGAGGCGACUAGAUCUUUGAACUGGGUACCAUUCUCUCUCAGUUGAACCACAGCAUUUUAUCUUGCUUACAAUCUGGGCCUCCAAGGAGAUCGUAUCAUUUUUUUAAAUUUUAUCUAUUGGCGUCAUUCGUUGUUUUUCAGUGAUGGUGUGGGUCGUAGCGGCUGUGUAGCUACCAUAAUGUCAGUGAUCGAACGAGUCAAGAUUGAACAAACAGUUGAUGUAUUUCAAACCAUUAAACUGAUUCGAGCUAAAAGGCCUGGUGCUGUGAACACCCUGGUAAGUUGCUAAGAAAUGACGAGGGAUACUGGGACUGUGUUCAUCAACGAAUUAUUUCUUUGCUCAACUUAAAGCUCUAUCUGCUGUUCGUUUUUCAGGAUCUCUACUUGUUCUGUUACAAGACAAUCCUUGCAUACCUGGAUUCUUUCAAGUGUUAUUCAAACUUUGAAGAUUGCUAA